CUCUCCGUGGCGUUUUUGCCCCGCGCGCGUUGUGCUCACCCCUCUCUGUGUCUCCGCAGGUGUCUGCUUCCGAAUGUACACAGAAGAGGAAGCUAGGAAAUUAGGAGUGGUCGGCUGGGUUAAAAAUACCAGCAAAGGGACUGUAACGGGCCAGGUUCAGGGUCCAGAAGAGAAAGUAAAUGCAAUGAAAUCCUGGCUGACUAAAGUUGGAAGCCCAAGUUCUCGCAUAGACCGAACAAACUUUUCUAAUGAAAAGGAGAUUUCCAAGCUUGAUUUCUCAGGAUUUAGCACUAGAUACUAAUGAAGGAAAGCGUAGCUAAAGACAAACAGUGAUGUUUCUGCUGCAUGAUUUUUCUGUGCCUCCAUAAAAUUGCACAAGACCAUUUUGGUGCUUUCUGUGCUACAGAUAAGUAUAAAUGGUCUCUCUAUAUAAUGCAAGAAUUUUUAGUUGCUGUAUAAGUCUUUAUAUGACAUGAAUGCUAGUAUCUAAUACCUAAAAUGCCAAUGUCUAAUUUAUUGUGUAUCAAAAGCUAGACAAAAGAUUAAAAGUAUCAGUGACUAUCUGUGCACAGUGAGAUUUGUUAUA